UGCAAGAGGACCCUACACAUCGGGUAGAUACACAAACGGAUACAUUUCAAGAUGUAUCCUCAAGGCCGACAUCCGGCCCCACAUCAGCCUGGCCAGCCUGGCUUCAAAUUCACUGUAGCAGAGUCCUGUGACAGGAUUAAAGAUGAAUUUCAGUUCCUGCAAGCCCAGUAUCACAGUCUUAAGGUGGAGUACGACAAACUGGCCAAUGAGAAGACAGAGAUGCAGCGCCACUAUGUCAUGUAUUACGAGAUGUCCUAUGGGCUGAACAUAGAGAUGCACAAACAGACAGAGAUCGCCAAACGGCUCAACGCAAUUUUAGCUCAAAUCAUGCCUUUCCUGUCACAAGAGCACCAACAGCAGGUGGCUCAGGCAGUUGAGCGGGCUAAGCAGGUGACUAUGACAGAGCUGAAUGCCAUCAUCGGGGUACGUGGACUUCCCAAUCUGCCUCUCACCCAGCAGCAGCUCCAGGCACAGCACCUUUCCCAUGCAGCUCACGGGCCUCCUGUCCAGUUGCCUCCCCACCCAUCGGGCCUGCAGCCCCCUGGCAUCCCCCCUGUGACGGGCUCUGGCUCUGGUCUUCUGGCAUUGGGGGCCCUAGGCAGCCAGGCCCACCUCCCCGUGAAGGAUGAGAAGAACCACCAUGACCUGGAGCACAGAGAGAGCACGAAUAACUCCAUAUCCCCAUCAGAGAGCCUGCGCACAGCCAGCGAAAAACACCGCAACUCCUCUGACUAUAGUUUGGACUCUAAGAAGCGUAAAAUGGAGGAGAAGGAUAGCAGAUAUGACAGCGACGGAGAGAAAAGUGAUGAUCUUGUUGUGGAUGUGUCCAAUGAGGACCCUGCCACCCCAAGGGCAAGCCCAGCCCACUCACCACCUGAAAAUGGCAUUGACAAGCCUCGUCCCCCAAAGAAGGACACACCAAACAGCCCUGCUUCAGUGGCAUCUUCUGGAAGCACCCCAUCCUCUAAGGCUAAGGAGCUCAGCCAUAAUGACAAAUCCUCCACGCCUGGCCUCAAGUCCAACACCCCCACGCCUCGCAAUGAUGCCCCCACCCCUGGCACCAGCUCCACCCCUGGGCUCAGGCCCAUUCUGGGCAAACCACCAGGCAUGGAGGCUCUGGCAGCCCCAGCUCUGCGGACACCUCUGUCCAUUGCAGGUUCCUACCCAACCCCUUUUGCCAUGAUGGGCCACCAUGACAUGAAUGGAGGCCUGACCAGUCCCAGUGUCUAUGCUGGUCUGCAUAUCUCCCCUCAAAUGAGUGCUGCAGCAGCUGCAGCCUACGGUCGCUCCCCCAUGGGCUUUGAUCCUCACACGCACAUGAGAGCCCCAGGCUUACCAGCCAGCCUCACAUCAAUCUCUGGCGGCAAACCAGCUUACUCCUUCCAUGUCAGUGCAGAUGGCCAGAUGCAGCCCGUGCCCUUCCCACCAGACGCUCUCAUUGGCCCUGGCAUUCCGCGCCACGCCCGACAGAUCAACACACUGAGCCAUGGCGAGGUGGUCUGUGCUGUCACCAUAAGCAACCCCACGCGACACGUCUACACUGGGGGCAAAGGCUGUGUUAAAAUCUGGGACAUUAGCCAACCUGGCAGCAAGAGCCCCGUGUCUCAAUUGGACUGCUUGAACAGAGAUAACUACAUCCGCUCCUGUAAGCUGCUACCUGACGGCCGGACAUUGAUUGUGGGAGGCGAGGCCAGCACACUGACCAUCUGGGACCUGGCCUCACAGACACCCCGUAUCAAGGCUGAGCUCACCUCCUCAGCACCAGCAUGCUAUGCUUUGGCCAUCAGUCCUGACGCCAAGGUCUGCUUCUCCUGCUGCAGUGAUGGCAACAUUGCUGUCUGGGACCUCCACAACCAGACCCUUGUUAGGCAGUUCCAGGGUCAUACGGACGGCGCCAGCUGCAUUGACAUAUCUCAUGAUGGCACCAAGCUGUGGACGGGUGGUCUCGACAACACUGUCCGCUCCUGGGAUCUAAGGGAGGGCCGACAGCUCCAGCAGCAUGACUUCACUUCACAGAUCUUCUCUCUUGGCUACUGUCCAACUGGGGAGUGGCUUGCUGUUGGCAUGGAGAGUAGUAAUGUGGAAGUACUCCACCACACAAAACCUGACAAGUACCAGCUUCACCUGCACGAGAGCUGCGUCCUCUCCCUCAAGUUUGCGUACUGUGGGAAAUGGUUUGUAAGCACUGGGAAGGACAAUCUGUUGAAUGCCUGGAGGACUCCUUAUGGCGCCAGCAUAUUCCAGUCCAAGGAAUCCUCAUCUGUCCUGAGCUGCGAUAUCUCAGCAGAUGACAAGUACAUAGUGACAGGCUCUGGUGACAAGAAGGCCACUGUAUAUGAAGUGAUCUACUAGAACGGACUCUUCUGGAUCAGAGCAUGCCCGUGCUCAGGAACAGUGGACUCUUCCUCCGUCUACCCUCCCUCACACAGACAGCAUGGAUGUUGCCUGCAGCCUCUGGGUGGAUGGGCAGCAGCCUGAAGCGGGCCGGGCAGUGUCAGACUCUACUGGACUAGUAGAGUCCGGGUGCUUAUGUGGUCCUGGGUGCUGUGUCCUCCCUCACUCGUAGGACUAACGUUUGUACAGCGGGUGCAGCCCCCCCAAGGCACUAAAGAAGAAACUAUCGUCUUGCUGUUUUCCUGUUUGUCGGAUAUUUCUUUUUCAUUUCUUUUUGGUCUCUUUUUAACAUGGAGAUAAGGCUCUGAGACGCAACUAAAAGCUUCUCCCCGGAGGUCCUGUGAAAAGUGUACAUAAUGGAGUAACAAAAGGCCUUUUAUAGAUUUAUAUUUUGGUGUCCAGUUACGCUUGUGAUGAUCCUUUCUUGUUCUCUCCUUGAUUUUCUGUCUCCUCUGGGGAUAGAAAUUAGAUUAGGACUUUGUAAGAGGAUAUUCUAUUUCAGCAUUUCCCCCCUCCUGCCUUUUUUCAUGUUCGUUGUUCAGGAUGACCUUUUCGGAAAUCUAAAUUAGAUUUUUUUUUUCCUCCCAGAAAACGGUCCUUUUUUUUUCUUUUUUUUUUCCUCUUUGCCAUCUGCUAGAACACGGACAUGUGUUUGUCGGAUUUUAGCGUUGGAGAAUUCUGGGAAUGUCUUUUUUUCUCUCUCUCUCUCUCUCGAAGACUGGGAGAAGGAGAGAAUGAUUGUUUCUAAUUUCUUCCUCUAACCUCUGGCUCUGGUUAACAUGGCUUCACCUUUCAAAUGUGGGCACAUCCCGAAACACUGGCUGCUUUUAAUGACAUGAAACGAUGGAAUAAACUGCGAGCGCAUCUGGAGGACUGGUGUAUUUUACGAAGAAACGGAUGAAGCCGCAGUUCGGUCUGCUGACUGUUGAGUAUUGUAUGGACAUUCGUUGCUCCACUCGAGGUUUACCCUUACUUGUCGUCCUGUAAGAAUUAGUGUUCGCCCGUCUCUUUUGACUCUUUGAGGCCGAUGUGCAAGGCUUACAGAAUGAUACGACGUAGUCGGCAGACAAAGCCGUUUGACAUUUUGGGUAUGCUCUGUUUACUUUCCUCAGUACUUCAUGUUACCCUACUAUAAUCUCCUCUCAUGGGUGGGAAUGGUCUCUGCUCAAACACACUUCAGACCAUGUAGCAAACACUUGUCAUCGUCACUAAGGAUUGUACAGUUGUUGAUAUUUCAAUAAACUGUUUUUAUAUUAAAAACACCUUUGACUGCAUUUCUACAGUGCUUGCACACUAUUGUCUUUAAAAAAAAAGGGCCAAAAGCUGGUUCUG